AGCAAAAACACGUCUGAGUGCGACAGGCUGAACCGUUAACUAGCAAUAGCCACCUGCAGUCACCUCGACAAGUCGUCGAUUCGACCGACUGCUAUAUGAUUCCCGUCGUGUUAACGGCCGUCAACCCAGAAAGAUGCCGCAUAAAGCACUGGGAUCCAUUGUAGGUCUUCUUUGUACCGGGACCUGUCUGGUGCAGGCAAAGGAGUUCUGUUUUGGGGUAAACAAUGAACAGUACCGCUGUGAGAUGGGGUACUGCUGUGGAGAGACAGAGUGUUGCACCUAUUACUACGAGCUCUGGUGGUUCUGGUUAGUAUGGACCCUGAUCAUCAUGCUGAGUUGCUGCUGUGCGUACCGACACCGGAGGGUUAAGAUGCGCCUGCAGCAAGAGCAACGUCAGCGUGAGAUCAGCCUCAUGGCCUACCAAGGAGCGUCUAGCUCCUUCAUUUCCCCUCCACCACUCAAUCUAAGGUUCUGGAACGACUGUAAGCUUCCUGACUAUGAAGAGGUGGUAGGCCACCCACCGACACCACCCCCCCCUUACUCUGAAAACCCUCCUGAGACUGCUCCAGCACUCCCUCCACAACUGCGCCAGCCAGACGCAGCCUCAGUGCCACAACCCCUGGCCGAGGCAGACCCGAGGGCGGACAGUCAGGCCUCAGGCUCAUCAUCAGUUCAGGAAGCAGUGUCAAUGCCGAUCCAAGCACAGUGUCUGGAAGCGGAGAACGUGGAGGCUUCGUUGAUGCCAGCAGAGGAGGAUGAGGAGCUUGUCACUCGGCGUCGGCAUGUGACCGGCGACUCAGGGAUUGAGGUGUGUGUUUGCCAGCUGGAUGUAGACGAGGGCUCGGGGCUUGAGGAGGAAAGCGAUGAAGAGCACAGGAUGUGCAAGGUCACCGGCGGAGACUGCUGUUCCGGGCAUCAGCAGCAAGCCUUCAGACCCAAGGAGCAUACCUCUGAUCUGCCCAGCCAGACCGCCAGCACCAGCACCAGCACUGGAGACCACAUGGUGUGAUUCACAGCGUAACAAAGGCAUGACUAUAAGAUGAUGAUCAUAACUAAUCUUUAAUGG